GGGAAGUGUAUAUAAGCUUACAACUGUCACUGAGGGGGUUCACUGCAGUGGUCACAAUCUUCUAAGCGAAUCCACUCUAGUCUUAAAGAUAACUUCAAGUUCAAAAUGGCAUUCGCCGCACUUUUGAGUGAAGCUGACAUCACUGCAGCCCUUGCAGCUUGCAAAGCUGCCGACUCUUUCAAGCACAAAGAGUUCUUCGCUAAGGUCGGCCUGGCUGCCAAGUCUGCUGAUGAGAUCAAGAAGGCCUUCGCCGUCAUUGACCAGGACCACAGUGGCUUCAUUGAGGAGGAGGAGCUGAAGCUGUUCCUGCAGAACUUCUCUGCCGGUGCCAGAGCUCUGACUGAUGCUGAGACACAGACCUUCCUCAAGGCCGGUGACUCUGAUGGUGAUGGCAAGAUCGGAGUUGAUGAGUUCGCUACCAUGGUCAAGGGUUAAAUGGACAAAAUGACCAACAUCUGAUUUUACUACUCUAAAGGAACAAUUUGAGUCAAGACAUACUCUUCCUCUCUUUUUUCUGCGUUUCCCACUCACUCUCUCUCUAGACAACCCUCUGCACCACUUUUAUACAUUUGACUUUUGACCCCCGACCACGGACGAAGCGCUCUCUUUCUCUCUCUCAGGCCGUGCUCACCCCAGUGCUAUCCACAAUGAGUGUAUCUGGCUAAGUGUAUGGCGUGGUUGACUUGUGUCGUUCUCUCUCUCUCUCACUUCUGUCCUCGUUUUAAUGUGUGAGAUAUUUGACGUUGUGAAAUCACCUAUGAUGCACUUUUAUGGGAAACGGACGGACGAUGAGAAAACAAUAAAGGUUCUUUUUCAGUAA